AUGGCCAUCUCCGGCUUUCUGUUUCUCUCAUGGCGCAUAUUCGAAAUCAUCACACUCACGCCGAUUGUGGGCAUGCUGGGCUGGUUCGUCCACAUCUACGACAGCAAUAAUCUCCUGACGCCCGACUACAUCCUGGUGCUGUUCAUAGUGUCGGUACUGGCAUUGGCUUGGACGGUCUUUACCACCAUCAACUACCUGCGCGCGAGACAUGAUGCGCUAUUCGUUGCAUUUGUCGAUCUGGCCUUCUUCGGGGCGCUGAUUGGAGGAGUCGUCGUCUUGCGCUUCAUCGCGCGCCAGAAUUGUGCCAAUUUCGACGUGGGAAACUCAUACCUAUCUAUAAGUUUCAACAAGCAAUGCGCGAUGCUGAAGGCCAGCUGGGCAUUGGCCAUCAUCAACAUCAUCGCAUUCUUCGUCACAUUCGUAAGUAGAAUGUUUCGUCAACGAACUUGUUCUGUUCACGACUGA